UAAAAAUACGAGAUCCUUUAUGUUUUGAUCCCACCCAAUCUCAAAGUAAUAUCAACUAAUAUGAGAACUGUCCUAAUCCAUAAAAUUCCCCUUUCUUUCCUUAUGCUGCUUUUUCCUGUGUUCUCAAUCCCGUUUUGGCUUGUUUGCACACCACAUCGGCGUCCCUCCUCCUAGACCUUCUCCACUUUGAUAUGCAGUCACUCCAUACCGCGCUUUGUUGUGGUUACAUUGAGAAGGUGUAUAGAGUUCUAAUGUCCCCACCGACUAGGGUGUUCACAACACCACCGCUUUCUCUCUGACUGCCUUUUUGCCAACGUUGCUCGUGGACUCCCAUAGGCUUCUUUCACUUGGUGACUGGUUUUUUUACGUUGUGGCUGCGAUCCGCGAGUCGCUCGUUGCUGGAUGAUGCAAUCGGCGAUCUGAUUGUGGGCGUGGGAUCGUGCUGGUCGAGAUGCAUUGUAGUAGGGACAGUGGCAAUAGACCUCUCAGAGUUUCUUUUGGUUUGUUUCUGGUUUCGGCCUGAACUCUUGUUUGGGCUCUUUUUUGGUCUCGGCCCAUUACUUAUCAAUUAAUCCACAAAACAAACUCCCUACGCCCUUAACUAACUUUUCGACUCCCACCUUCCUCAACAAAUCCCACACCUCCACGUGUCCCAACUUAACCCGCCAAAAACACCCUUACAAAUUCUCCUCCGCCCUCCACACCCAAACCCUCGCCAACGCCGUCGAAAUCCUCUCGGAUUCGGGCUACACCCCCUCGACCUCGCCUUCGCACCCUCCUCCAUUCCCGCUCUCCUUCCGUCACCAUCUUCGCCCCCAACGAAGCCGCGUUUUCUCACUCCGGCCAGCCGCCGAUGAACCUCCUCCCCCUCCAUUUCUCUCGCCGAUCCCUAAAGUCCCUCCCUUUCGGCGCCAAUAUCGCAGCUUUACUCUUCGACCGCACUCUCACCGUCACCACUAUGCCGUCAGACUAUCACUUCUCGCUCAACAACGUUAGCGUCACUGCUUCCCCAAUUUUCGACGAUGGGUCGCUGAUCAUUUUUGGAAUCAACAGGUUCUUGGAUCCGUACUUUCAGAUUUCGGGUCCGAUUCGAAGCUACACCCCCAAGAACCUCCGUUGCUUGGCCCCCAAGGAGAACCCAGAUCAGAGGAUGGAGCUCAGAGACGGUAAAGUCCCCUUCAACGACGCUUCCGCCGCGCUGAAAUCCAAAGGGUGCUCUGUCAUGGCGUCGUUUCUUGAGCUGCAAUUUCAUGGUUCUUUCUUCAAGUUCCAGACGAUGCUGACUGCGCUUUCUCCGUUUGACCAAGUUCUUAAGAACCGGGUCGGAAACUUGAGCGAGUACUCCUCCAUCUUCCAUCGCCACGUGGUACCCUGCAGGCUUUUGUGGACCGAUUUGGUGAGCUUGAAUGAUGGGACGGUUCUGAGGACGAAUCUCGUGGGGUUUUCGAUCAAUAUCACCCUGUCCAAUGACGUCUUGAUGCUCAAUGGCGUGUCGGUUACCUUGCUGGAAGUUUAUCACAAUGGGUGACUUGUGGUGCAAGUUCUUGAUGUGCCAGAGAGAACAGAGGAAACAAAGAAACCGGAACAAGUGGCUGUGGCUUCGCCUGAACUUGGUAACAGCUCCCCUGCUGAUGAGAAUGCGAUUGGUCACAACCAUUUUUAUGCUUACAGGCAUCCAUAAACAAUCUUGCUAGGGUUUCUUUUGAUUUAUGGUUAUCUCAGUUGAAUGCCUCGGUUUCUGGUAAUGCUAGCUCUUUCUGCUCUUUCAUGUGUGGAGUUAGGGUUCUUGGCAUUUUCGGAUUUUUUUCGGGUUUCUAGAUUUGGCAUCUUUUUGUUGAGCAUAUGAACACAAUUGUAAAAUCUGUCAGUUCAGUGAACUUCAAUCUAGUUCGUGUUUGGGAAUUAUGUAUAAGUGUAGUUUUCGAAGGUUGAUCUGUGCAAUUUUUAGUUUUCUUUCUGAUUUUCUCCCAAGUAAUUUGCAACGUUGUCAAACAAGUCCUACAAUUUGAACGCUGGAUAAACAAGAAUAAGCCCCAGAAUACUAAUACAUCAAUCUUAGCAGCCAUCAGUAUCGAAUAGCUCUCGAAUGUCUCUUUAGCGCAACCCGACUAACGGAGUUUUCCUGAGCCUGUCAAUCUAAAGACCCAAACUUAUCACAACAUCCUUUCUCCCCUCGUCGAGAAGGGCUUGUUUCAAAUUACUAAACAACUGCGCUGGAGGUCGAUUACCAGAGUCCAACGUCUCUUGAAAGUACUUGUAAGCAUCAUCCAACUUAUUCCCAUGGCACAAGCUGUUAAUCAAUGUGGAGAACAUGUGCAUUCUUGGCAGGACACCUCUGGUCUUCAUCUGAUCCCAAACCUGCAAUGCCAUAUCCACGCGAUCCUCGUUACAGAACAUCCUCACCAUGAUUUCGUAUGUAGUUACUGUCGGCUCACAGCCAGGCUCCCUACUUAUUUGCUGGAAAAUGGAGUAAGCUUGUUCUGUUCUUCGAGCCCUUACCAAGUGGUGCAAGAUUAUGUCUUAAGUUCGGGCAUUGGGACCGAUUCCACAUUUCCUUAUCUCAUCCACCACCCUACACGCAUCCUGCAUCCGCAUCGACCAGCAGUAAGCCCCCACAAGAGCAUUGUACGUGGGUGCCUCCGUUUCGAAACCACUGGCUUUAUUCAGCUCAAAAAACUCAAGGGCUUCACUCAACCUCUUUCCAGAACCCAACCCAUUAAUCAAAAUGCAGAAGACAUGAGGAGUAGCCUUGACAUUCUUCGAUUCCAUCUCACGAAACAACUCAAUCACUUCAUCGUACCUCUUCGCUUUACAAUGUGCAUUGAUCAGAAUAGCGUACAUCUGGAUCGAAACCCUCGUCCUUCAUUUCUCUAUAAACCUCAUUCAACCUCAAAAAGUUCUGUUCUUGGCCCCAUUAUUCCAAACUUCUCCAUCUUCUCGAACGCAUCAAUGGCUUCCUUAACCUUCUUCUCCCUCGCAUAUCGCCGCGAAAUCAGCGCAAAAUUCUCUUUACUCAGCAGCCCUUUGAUCUACAUGUCGUUCACCAAUUCCCACACCAUCUUGAACUGUUUGAUCUUACCUAGAGCUUCAAUCAACGCAUUGUAGCUCUCCGUGUUGUGCUUAAACCCUUUCUGCUUCUCCGCCCACCGGAAGAACGAGAGCGCGAGGACGCCGGCGUUGCUGAACUUCUUCAAGACCGUCACCACAAGCGUCGGCGAGACGUCCACGGAAGCACCGUCGAGUAAGCUCUCGAUUUGGGAAUUAGAGCUGCUGGUGGAUAGCAUUUUGCAGAUUUUAUCAGCAUGCUCUGAGACUUUGGGGUUUUUGAGAAGUGGGGUUUUGUCACCGGCGUCAUCCAGCACUUGGGUUUUUUCCAGACCGUCGUGGACUGCUCCGUGAAAACUACCAGUGCGAUUGCAUAGGAACCCAGAUGGAUUUUGAUUGAUACACGAGGGAAAAUUCGAGAGAGAACCAUUUUAUUUCGUUCUUAUUACUUAUAAAAUGAACGAUUUAGAUUACGAUAUUUUAAAGUUCAUACACAUUACAAGUGAUGGGUGAGUUCGAAUCUCGUGGUGAGCGCGCGGUCUUAAAUUCAAAUAUCAUGAAGGGGCGAGUUCGAAACCAGAGGGGGAGAGAUUCACUAUGAAUUUAGAACAAGAUACAACAGAUCAGAGGUGAAAGAAUGAAUUUGUGAUCCAACAUUCAAACAUGUCCGAAUGUAAA